AUGGGAGCCACUCGGUGCUCAAAGGUGACUGGUUUCAACACUUUUGUAAUUGCUUUACUGCUUUCACUCACGUUUAUAGUAAUAUCCUGGCUGCAGGACCCACGAACACUAGUUCCUCUUGUUAGAGUAUUGGAUAAUAAAAACAGAUUUCUGACAACGGGCUCCCUUAAUACGACUGAAGACUUUGGAGUGUUUGGCCCAGAGAAAGGCUUAUAUAACUUCACUGUGGUCACCGGUUUGAUGGACAUUGGCCGAGGCUCAUGGAGUCAUCAAUCAAGGACCUAUGAUCAAUACUUGUCGUAUCUGAGACAAGUUCUGAGACUGGACGUCAACCUGGUUGUGUACGUGGACAGGAAGGGUCAAGAUUUCGUAGAGAAAACGAGACAUGGUCGAGAGAGGCAUACAAAGAUUAUAGUCAUGGAACUCGUUGACCUGCCCUACUAUAGAUACAAAGAUCGUAUAGCUGAAAUCAUGAAUAGUACAGAGUAUAAGACGGAUAAUGUUCUAGUCCAAUAUCACCUAUGUGAGUCUUACAUUCCUGAGUAUGAUAUCAUCACAUUGUCGAAAAUGUAUUUUAUAAAUAGAACUGUCUGGGAAAACCCUUUCCAAACGUCCUAUUUUGUGUGGCUCGAUGGUGGCUACUCACAUGGAAAGGAUAUUUAUCCCAAAAACAGUGUUUGGAUUCCCAAAGGUCUUUUCGAAUACUCUGACAAGGUGACCUUCAUAGAGAGAGAACCAGUCAAAGAUUAUGAAAACAAAACUGACCGGUUGCACAAAAUGACCACCGGCUCUUUGAUGGGAGGUUUCUUUGCAGGUGGCGGCCAGGUUCUGAAAGAAUUAAGUCAGAUGCAGGUUGAGCUAAUGAAUGAGUGGAUGAAGAAAGGAAUCAUUGAUGAUGACCAAGGCGCUUUUAUGUUACUUUACUUCAGGAAGCCAUCUUUGUUUCAUUUGGUAAAGGGAGAAUGGAAUGAUGUCUUUAAAUUGUUUAACGUUGACUAA